AUGAGCUCCCGCACACUUUGCCACGCUCUUCGUGGCGGUAUCAGCGUGAAUGUACGUCGUGAAGUAUUCGUCACACGUGGUGGACACGCGCAUCGUCCGCCUCCUCCACCAUUUGCGCGUAUUAAAGCGCCGGAACAGCCGCUGCACGAGGAGGCGGAGCUGGUCUGGAAUGACGGUGUCUCCCCCGAGACGCUUAUUGACUUUGACGCGCCGCACAUCCCCAAGUACCAAGCGUUACGACACUGGAUCUGUGGGUUGGGCGCGCUUGUGACACUUAUGGGUGUCGUGACGCUUUAUAACCCUGAUUCGUGGCGACAGGCGUCCAAGCGCGGCAACCACCUGCCGAGUUUGAAGUGGGAAAUGGGCGAGAUUGACCAGCCUGAAGGAGAGAUGGACGAGUAA